CGCCGCCGCCGCAGCCGCAGCCGCACCUGCCGCGGAUGCUGGUCUCGAUGGGUUGUGGAGGGAGUCGGGCGGACGCGAUCAUCGAGCCGAGGUACCAUGAGAGCUGGACCCGAGAAACGGAAUCGACGUGGCUCACCAACACGGACGUAGAGACCCCUCUGCCAGUGGCAAACAACAAAGCUCUGGAGGCCAGUCUGAGGGAGAAGAGGAUGGUGAACGCAGGCACCCAGUGUGGGAAGCAGGCCCUCGGCGCGGCGGGCUCCAACCACCAGAGGAGAGCCAGACGCUCCUUGAGUGAUGUAGGUGUCCCUGGUAGCAGCAAACUACUCGCGACUCCAAGAGGAGGGCAUCAAAGGAGGCCGGUGCUCUGUCUAAGGAUGGGCAGCCCGUCAAUAUCAACAGUGGUGGAGAUCCUGAACCUGGAAACGUGUGCGACGAAAGAUGAAAAAAAGGCCGGGACUCUGUGAGGACAAAGGUCACCGCA